AUGGACGCCUUCAAGGGGGGCAUGAGCCUGGAGCGGCUGCCGGAGGGGCUCCGGCCGCCGCCGCCGCCGCCGCCGCACGACAUGGGGCCCGCCUUCCACCUAGCCCGCGCCGCCGACCCCCGCGAGCCGCUCGAGAACUCCGCCAGCGAGUCGUCCGACACGGAGCUACCAGAGAAGGAGCGCAGCGGGGAGCCCAAGGGGCCCGAGGACAGCAGUGCGGGCGGUGCAGGCUGCGGCGGUGUGGAGGACCCCGCCAAGAAGAAGAAGCAGCGGCGGCAACGCACGCACUUCACAAGCCAGCAAUUGCAAGAGCUGGAGGCCACGUUCCAGAGGAACCGCUACCCGGACAUGAGCAUGCGGGAGGAGAUCGCCGUGUGGACCAACCUCACCGAGCCACGCGUGAGGGUCUGGUUCAAGAACCGGCGAGCCAAGUGGCGGAAGCGCGAGCGUAACCAGCAGCUGGACCUGUGCAAGGGCGGCUACGUGCCGCAGUUCAGCGGCUUGGUGCAGCCCUAUGAGGACGUGUACGCCGCUGGCUACUCCUACAACAACUGGGCCGCUAAGAGCCUGGCACCAGCGCCGCUCUCCACCAAGAGCUUCACCUUCUUCAACUCCAUGAGCCCGCUGUCGUCGCAGUCCAUGUUCUCGGCCCCCAGCUCCAUCUCCUCCAUGACCAUGCCGUCGAGCAUGGGCCCGGGCGCUGUGCCCGGCAUGCCCAACUCGGGCCUCAACAACAUCAACAACCUCACCGGCUCCUCGCUUAACUCGGCCAUGUCACCGGGCGGCUGCCCCUACGGCACACCCGCCUCGCCCUACAGCGUCUACCGGGACACGUGCAACUCGAGCCUAGCCAGCCUGCGGCUCAAGUCCAAGCAGCACUCGUCGUUCGGCUACGGCGGCCUGCAGGGCCCGGCCUCGGGCCUCAAUGCGUGCCAGUACAACAGCUGA